AAUACAUGUGACGAAAGAAGUGUUAAAGUGACGAUCACUUCAAAUAUGUUUGUCUUGAGUGUCCUCUUCUACUCUUUGUGUCCAUUAGUUGUGUUGUAUUUGCUUUUGAAGAGAUAUAUCAGAUCCGCGGACAAGAGGUAUCGCACGGAAAAUGGUCUCAACGAUGGCGUGAAGAUCAUAGCCUUCUUCCAUCCCUUCUGCAACUCAGGCGGUGGUGGAGAGCGGGUCCUGUGGGUCGCCCUCAGAGCCCUUCACCACAAAUACCCUGAUUAUCAUUACGUGGUCUACACGGGUGAUGUGGAGGCCGCGCCCGAAGAUAUCAAAGCUAAAGUUAAAAAGCAGUUUCAAAUGGACUUAAACUUUGCAAUCAGUUUCGUGUACCUCAAGAGGCGAUAUCUCAUUGGUUCCCAUUUGUAUCCAGUCUUCACGCUUUUGGGUCAAAGCAUUGGCUCAAUGUUUCUGGGCUUUGAGGCCAUCUUCGGGUGCGUUCCCGACGUCUUCAUCGACAGCAUGGGCUACGCCUUCACGUUCCCGGUGUUCAAGUAUUUGGGUAACUGUCGGGUCGGCGCUUACGUCCACUACCCGACCAUAAGCACCGAUAUGUUGGAUAUGGUGGCCAACACUCGCACGUCUUAUAACAACCGGCAGAUUAUAAGCAACAGUCGAGUGCUAACGAGUGGUAAACUCCUGUAUUACAAGCUCUUUGCAUACCUGUAUGGAGUGGUCGGCCGAAUGGCGCUCAUAGUUAUGGUGAACGGGAGUUGGACUCAGAGGCACAUCGAGAGGAUUUGGGACCGAAAGGUGGUCCGAGUGUAUCCGCCCUGUAAUACAGAUGAGUUGAAACGCCUGUCCCUUCAAAACAAGAAACACCUGCAGAUCGUAUCGAUCGGUCAAAUCAGACCCGAGAAGAACCACAGCUUACAACUCACGGCAUUCAAAGAGUUCGUCGAUAGGCUGUCCACCGAAGGCGUGGACUCCGAGGGCGCAAAACUGGUGAUAAUCGGCAAUUGUCGCGACGAUGGGGACCGACAGCGACUCAAUGAUCUCAAGAAACUGAGCGACAGUUUGGGAAUCGCCGGUAAAGUGGACUUCAAGAUAAACAUUCCGUACGACGAGCUUAAG